AUGUCCUUUAUAGAAUCAAUUGAUCAGUUUAUAAUAAAUAAAACAUCUAAUAAAGUUGUACAAAGAUGGUAUGUAUAUACUGUUCUUAUAGUAUUGUAUCUCUUUAGAGUGUUAUUAAAGGGCUCUCAUCCAUUAAUUACAUACUUUUUAUUUAUUUAUCUUGUACACGGAUUUAUUUUGUGGGCAACACCGAAAUCAACAAAAAUGCCAAAUCCAUUCUCAGAUGAUUAUGAAGAGGAAGAAGCAGAAUUCAGAGAAGCACCAGACAUUGAUUUUGGAUCUGGACCCUUUGUAAGAAACAUGCCUGAAAUUUUAUUUUGGUUAUUCUGUAUGAAAUGCACACUUAUAGCGUUUGUGUUAACAUUUGUACCAUUUCUAGAUAUUCCAGCAUAUACACCGAUCUUAGUAGUAUAUUUCAUUACAAUGUUAAUAUUUACGGUAUUUAAAUUAAUAGAACAUUCUAAAAAGUAUAACUACAAUCCAUUUAGAAGUAAGAAAGAUAAAAAGUUUUAUUCAAAUUAA